UCCCUUCCCACGCCCCAGUGCGCUGUGGGAUAGUGCCACUAUAAAGUAUAUCCUCUCUCGGAGAAAGAUAAGAAGCCCGAGACAGGAGGGGGAUGAAGAUGGCGGACGCCAAGCAGAAGAGGAAUGAGCAGCUGAAGCGAUGGCUGGGCUCGGAGACGGACCUGGAGCCUCCUGUUCUGAAAAAGAAGAAGACGAAGGUGAAGUUCGAUGAUGGCGCCGUGUUUCUGGCCGCCUGCUCAAGCGGCGAUACCGAGGAGGUGCUCCGAAUGCUUGACCGGGGCGCUGACAUCAACUACGCCAAUGUAGACGGUCUCACCGCCCUCCACCAGGCAUGCAUAGAUGACAAUGUUGACAUGGUGACUUUCCUGGUGGAACACGGAGCCGGCAUCAACCAGCCAGACAAUGAGGGCUGGAUCCCCCUCCACGCUGCAGCUUCCUGUGGAUACCUUGACAUAGCAGAGUAUCUCAUUAGCCAGGGUGCUAGUGUAGGAGUUGUCAACAGUGAGGGUGAGACACCUCUGGACAUCGCUGAAGAGGAGGCAAUGGAGGAGCUCCUGCAAAAUGAGAUCAACCGGCAAGGAGUGGAUAUCGAGGCGGCCCGGAAAGAGGAGGAGCGAAUCAUGCUGAGGGAUGCCCGGCAGUGGCUCAACAGCGGCCAGAUCCAAGAUGUCCGACAUGCAAAAUCUGGAGGAACGGCGCUCCAUGUAGCUGCUGCUAAAGGAUACGUGGAGGUUUUAAAGCUUUUAAUCCAAGCAGGGUAUGAUGUAAAUAUUAAGGACUAUGACGGCUGGACUCCUCUACAUGCAGCAGCACACUGGGGCAAAGAGGAGGCAUGUAGGAUACUGGUGGAGAAUCUAUGUGACAUGGACCUCAUUAAUAAAAUGGGCCAGACCCCUUUUGAUGUAGCAGACGAAGAUGUUCUGGGAUACUUAGAAGAACUACAAAAGAAACAAAAUCUGCUGAUGAGCGAGAAGAAAGAUGUUAAGAAAUCUCCUUUGAUUGAAACAACAACCACAGGGGACAACAACCAAUCACUGAAACCACUCAAGAGCAAAGAAACACUGCUUCUGGAGCCAGAGAAGAGCGCUCCUCGCAUUGAGACCUUAGAACCAGAGAAGGUGGACGAAGAAGAGGAGGGGAAGAAGGACGAAUCAAGCUGCUCCAGUGAAGAAGAGGAGGAAGAAGAUUCAGAGUCGGAGACAGAAGCAGACAAGACCAAGCCGUCGGCAGCGGUGAGCAACAGCACAACGUCAGGCCCAACCAGCAUCGCCGUGUCAUCUCCAACUGGCCCCACUAACCAGGUGACGUCUCCCACUUCACCAGUUAAAAAGUUUGAUUGUAUUACUCCUCUCAUGCCUGUGCCGGAGCCAGGCUGUCCUGCAUUGUGGCGUCAAGGUUUGCGCAAAACUGGCAUUUCUCUAGGGCCCAAAAAACCUAUGGUCACCCAGCCUGCAGGAAAGGUCUCCGCUAAAGUGGAGGAGGAGAGGAAGGACGAGUCUCCAUCGUCGUGGCGUCUCGGUUUGAGGAAGACGGGCAGCUAUGGAGCGCUAGCGGAGAUUACAGCCACCAAGGAGGCUCAGAGGGAGAAGGACACCACUGGGGUGAUGCGCUCCGCAUCCAGUCCUCGUCUCUCCUCAUCCCUGGACAACAAAGACAAGGAGAAGGAAAAAGACAAAGGAACCCGACUUGCCUAUGUGGCCCCGACCAUCCCCAGGAGAUUGGCCAGCACAUCAGACAUCGACGAGAAGGAAAACAGGGACUCUACUGCUCUGAUACGUAGUGGCUCCUACACCCGGCGACGCUGGGAUGAUGACCUGAAGAACAGCGAAGGAAGCGCCUCCACCAACCGAACCCCCAGCUACCAGCGCAGCACAUCCCAUACGCUAGCAAUAGGGCGGAGCGGCAGCACGCGGGACGUGCCAGCCAAGUCUUCGUCAACCUCCAGCUUGGACCCUAACACCUGUAAUACUAAACCCUGGCAGCCACCCGCCUCCCACUACCAGUCUUACAGCAUUUACCGCAGCGGCUCUUUCGGCAGAAGACACGAGGACUUGAGCUCCUCGACCACCUCCUCCUCCAUGACCACCACCACCUCCUCGUCUGUUACCUCGCCCACAGGCCAUCGCGGCCUGCUCUCCAGCCUGGGCUCCUCCUCCACUCGCACUGGCUCCACCAGUCUCACCAGCAGGUACUGGUCAGAGGAAAGUGCAGAGAGGGAAAAGGAGAAGGAGAAGGAGUCUGCUGCGGUCAUCCCCACUAUAAACACUGGCUCUACCACGACCACGACAUCUACCACUACGACCAGCGCCAUAUCCACCACUACCACCACUACCACUGGCACUGUUACUGGCUCCGAAAGACGCAGGUCAUACCUGACGCCAGUGCGAGACGAGGAGUCGGAGUCUCAGAGGAAAGCUCGCUCCAGACAGGCUCGACAGUCGAGGAGGUCCACUCAGGGUGUGACUCUGACCGACCUGCAAGAGGCUGAGAAAACAAUCGGCAGGAGUCGUCCCCCAAAGACCCGAGAGGAGGAGAAAGAGGAGAAAGAGAAGCAGGACAAGGAGAAACAAGAGGAGAAGAAGGAGGUGGAGACGAAGGAAGAUGACUACCGAUCGAAGUACCGCAGCUUCGAAGAGCGUUAUCGGCCUUCAUCUUCCUCCUCCACCUCCGCCAUAUCCACACUUACCACAGCCUCUACCCCCUCCUACUCCAGCACCACAUUGUCCUCCAGUUCCAGCUCCCUCAACAGGCCUAACAGUCUGACGGGAAUCACCUCCUCCUAUAGCCGUUCCUCCAGAGAUACAGAAAAAGAAGCGGACAAAAAGGAGGAGGAGAAGGAGGGAGAGGACAAGUCUCAGCCUCGCUCCAUCCGGGAUCGCAGGCGGCCCCGCGAGAAGAGACGCUCCACUGGGGUUUCCUUCUGGACUCAAGACGGUGAUGAAAACGACCCCGAUCAGCAGUCAGACUCAGAGGAGGGCAGCACCAAGGGAGAGCCACAGAGUGACAGAUUGUCCAGGAAUGAGAGCACUUCAUCCUUAGAUCGCAAUGACGCUCUUUAUAGCCGUAGCUAUGGUGAGAGUCGAAGGCCAUAUUCAAGCCGACUGGAUAGAGACGACACCACUGACUAUAAGAAGCUCUACGAGCAGAUCUUAGCUGAGAAUGAGAAGUUGAAGGCCCAGUUACGUGACACGGACCUGGAGCUGGCAGACUUGAAGCUACAACUAGAGAAGGCCACACAGAGGCAGGAACGCUAUGCUGACCGAUCACAGCUUGAGAUGGAGAAAAGGGUAACAAGCAGGCCCCAAUAUCAUCUGGGUGGUGGAAAGAAGAGCUCUAGAAAGGAAGAUUUCUGAGAUGGAGGAGGAACUUAAGAUGCUCCCAGACUUGAAAGCAGACAACCAGAGACUAAAGGACGAGAAUGGAGCGCUCAUUCGAGUCAUUAGCAAGCUUUCCAAGUAGACCAGACGCCCCCCCCCAACCCCUCCCCGUCUCCUGCACCCCCUAGCAGUGACUAAUGGAAUUGCACAUUUAGAUAUUAAUUGCAACAGACAUCAGAGACGAGACUCCUUUCUUUUUUUCCUUCCUCAACUCUUAAUCUCCCUUUUUUUUUUUGCUCCUCCACAACUGCAGCACCCCCCCAUCUACGCAUCCUCCCGAUAGAAACCACCGAGUUUACAGAGUUAAAAAAAAAGGAAAACAAAGGGUUGCGUGAUGAGCAUGUAAAAGUGGGCGGGGAAGCCUGAAAUACUAUUUAACCAAUAAGCCUUAGUUGUACAUAAAGAGAAAAAAGGAAAAAAAACACUCGAUCUCUUCUCUUCUCUCGGCUAUCACUGGAGAACAGAUAUUAUCCAACACCUGAUUUUAUUUGUGCCACAAUCUUCUCUUAGUUGAUGUAAUUUUUUUCUUUUUUUUGUUUCCUCUUCUCGUCGUGUGCCGUGCGAUUUCCUCCUCCACUCCUUUCCCAGUUUCGACCCUUUAAAACCUUUAAACGCCACUCCGACGCAAAUCACCGACGCGCGCGCACACUCACCCAUCCUCUAACGAAUUUUUUAAGAACUUUUUUUUGUACCUCUGUGUGGAAAAAUUCUCGCGGACCUGGUGGAAUUUAAGCUUUCACUGUAUGUGCAAUAUGCAUUUCUUUUUUCUUUUUUUUAAUGCUUUAAUGACGAGUCCAUCACAAGUAGGAUUUUUCACUCUUCCACUGCUUCAAUCGCUCACCCCUUCUCCUAUUUUUUUUUAAGUUUGUAGUGUAGUCAGUUUAUACUCUGUAUUUCUCACUUUGUUUUAGCAGGUACUGAGUGAUGCUGUAUAUACCUGUAUGUAUUUGUUUGAGACCAGCACAUGGCAUGCGUUUAUGGUUCCUGUCUGUUACUAUUAAAUUCCAGAGGACAAAAAGGUGUGUUUUAAUUAUUUUUUUCUCUUCAUAGACAUUGGAUACAGUACAGUAGAGCCUCUCUCGUGCACGGGACGGCUGACAGUGUUCAGUGCUUUUUUUCCACAUAAUUGUGAGAUUUAAAAAAAAAAAAAAGAAUAAUCGCUUCACUACAUUUCACUUUCAUUGUAUUCAGUAUCUUGGAAGAGUGCUGUUAAUUUUGUUUCCAUUUUUUUUUUUUUAAAGCUGUAGUAUUAUAGCCGAGGUGUUGUCACUAAAAAAGAAGAAGAAAAAAAGAAUAUCUUAGGUAUUGCUAACCCAGUCCUUUCUACAAAUGUCUACAUGCACUGUCAACGCCAUGUGAGGAGUCUUGAUGUCAGGUUAAAGCAAAAUCGCCACCGUCAAAUAUUCCAUUCAUCGGAAAACCACCAUUUUAUGCAUUUCAGUGGCCUUUUAAGGAUAUUUUAGUAAAGAAGAAAAGUCACUGCAGAUGGACUGAUGACCAUCUACUCUGGUUUUUUGUGUUUUUUUCUUUAUUUUUUUUUUCCCGUCAUCUUGUAAAAUAGGUGUGUGGCUUAAUACAUGCAAGCUGUGCUGUGACUACCAACCACUGAAGAGUUCAUUAAAAAUAAAGUUGUACAUUGUAAAGUU